UCACUAGAGAGUUCUGAUUGUCAAGCUUCUUUUUCGUGGCUAUCUCAAUUCUCACUAGAUCCCAAACGCUUUUUUUUUUUGUGCGUUUUCUUUUGUUGUUUUGGCGUUUCUCUCUGGUUUUUCUGUAUCGUUUCGAAACGCAGUUUUGCUUCUUUUGUCUCUGUUGUUUCAGAUGAAUUUCCAGAAUAUUUGUCUUUCUGGGUGAGUGAAGAAAAAGUCAGAAUUUUUUUUUUUAAUUUUUUUAUGAGAGGUAAAGAUUUUCCGUUUGGCUGUGAUUGGAGAAGUAGAUCUUGUUAAAACCAUGAAGGAGGUUGACAAAAGGAAAACUCCCAAUAAUAACCGGACAAAGCGCGCUGGAAAACCCGAAAAGAGAGACCAAAAGCCUAAUCAGGGCAAUACUGGAAAAACUUUGAAUGUAAAAGACACCCAAACUAAAGCAUCUCAUGCUAAACCAGACUCCAGAACUUUAGUAAGUGAUUUGAACACGGGCGCAGAGCCCUCUGAAGUUUAUGAAAACGUGGUCAUACAUUAUGUCGAUGAUGUCAACAGGUCUGAAGAAGCAGCUCAAGAACCGAGACCCAACCAAAUGGUUUCCAAAGAGAUCAUGGAUGAAGUUGUAGAUGACAAUUCUAGUGAGUUCGAUAAAGAAUCUAAGCAGGGAAAGGAAGAAGUUUCUGAAUCUGAGAUGAUUAAGGAUUCGGCAUCAUCUCAAGGGGAUUCUCUUGUGGCCGAGGAUGAGAAAGUAGAAGAGAGUGUUUCAAGAGUUGCCGAAAGUAUGUCGAAGAAGAGUUCCACAGAAAGAAGUUCUGAGGGAUCCAAAGAGAGAUCUCAUCAAUCCAAGUCAUCACACCAAACUCCCCAGAAACCUAAUAACACAAAUAGAAGGCCUUCUAGGGAAGCCACCAAAAGUUCUUCCCAGAGCAAUUCUAAAAAUGUUAAAGUUCCUUCUAAACCUUCAUCUGAGUCUUCCGAGGGAGUUGAUGACAAGGUUGUUGCAGAGGUAGAAGGAAUUCAUACCUUGAAUGAGACCCCGAAUGGUGCCAAGAGUAUUGGAAGCAACAACGAUACAGUUGAUACCGAAGAAAAUGGUGAACACGAGAAUGAAGCAGCUUUGGAGAAAAAGAUAGAAGAAAUGGAAACAAGAAUCGAGAAACUUGAAGAAGAAUUGCGAGAAGUUGCCUCUCUAGAAAUUUCUCUCUAUUCAGUUGUACCGGAACAUGGGAGCUCAGCACAUAAGGUCCAUACACCUGCUCGACGGCUCUCUAGGAUUUAUAUCCAUGCUUGCAAAUAUUGGACUCAAGUCAAGCGAGCUACCAUUGCUAGAAACACUGUGUCGGGGCUUCUUUUGAUUGCCAAGUCAUGCGGUAAUGACGUUCCUAGGUUAACCUUCUGGCUGUCAAACACUGUUGUGCUGAGGGAGAUCAUUUCUCAAGCAUUUGGUGGUUCACGUCACUCAAGUCCAGCGAUGCGGUUGACUGAGUCAAAUGGGAAUGGAAAGAGAAGUGAAAUGAAGUCGACGAUGAAAUGGAAGGGGAUUUCUGGUAGCAAACAAAUAAAUGCUUUUACGCCACUGCUGGAAGAUUGGCAAGAGACAGGAACCUUCACAGCUGCGCUUGAAAAGGUUGAAUCCUGGAUUUUCUCUCGGGUGGUUGAGUCAGUUUGGUGGCAGGCUUUGACUCCAUACAUGCAAUCUCCUGUUGAGGAUUUGUCGAAUAAUAAGAGCAUUGGAAGAUUGUUAGGACCGGCAUUGGGAGAUCAAAAGCAAGGCAGCUUUUCAAUCAACCUGUGGAAAAAUGCCUUCCAGGAUGCAGCUCAACGGCUUUGCCCUGUUAGAGCUGGGGGGCAUGAGUGUGGUUGCUUGCCCGUGUUGGCAAGAAUGGUUAUGGAACAGAGUAUUGCCAGACUUGAUGUGGCAAUGUUUAAUGCCAUCUUGCGUGAAUCAGCCCACGAUAUUCCGACUGAUCCUGUGUCGGAUCCCAUAGUCGACUCCAAGGUUCUUCCUAUUCCAGCUGGGGAUUUGAGCUUUGGAUCUGGCGCACAACUUAAGAAUUCAGUGGGCAAUUGGUCAAGAUGGCUAACUGAUAUGUUUGGCAUAGAUGCGGAUGAUGUGCCGCAAGAAGAUCAGGAUUGCAAUGACGGCGAUGACAGGCAGGGAGGAGAUGGUGAACCAAAAUCCUUCCUUCUUCUUAAUUCCUUGAGUGAUCUUUUGAUGCUUCCGAAAGACAUGCUUAUGGACCGAUCAAUCCGAAAGGAGGUGUGCCCAUCAAUUAGUCUUCCAUUGAUUAAACGGAUACUCUGUAACUUCACUCCUGAUGAGUUCUAUCCAGAUCCUGUUCCUGGAGCUGUCUUAGAGGCCCUAAAUGCCGAGAGCAUUGUGGAGAGGAGGCUGUCAGGAGACUCCAUGAAAAGCUUCCCUUACACAGUGGACCCGGUUGUGUAUACUCCGCCGUCCCCUACUGACGUGGCAGAAAAGUGUGUGGUUUCGGACACAGGAGGGAGAUCUGAAUUGGCAAGGAAUGUUUCUGUUAUACAGAGAAAAGGUUAUACUAGUGAUGAGGAACUGGAGGAGCUGGAAUCUCCUCUAAUGUCCAUCAUUGACAAGUUACCAUCGACUCCAAGUACAAUCGCGAACGGAAACGGAAAAUACAAGGACAGUACAGGGUAUGCCUGUGCAAAUGAAAGGUAUGAACUCCUCAGUGAGGUCUGGUCUGUGUGACAACGUUGACAACAAUGCGUUAUGUAUUUUACACACCGCGAUGUCUGUAUCCAAAACGAAAUAUCGAGAUUGAGAAUAAACAGAUUAGUUGUUUAUAGAUGAAGGUCACAAAGGAUUUUGAGUCUUUUAGGGAAGAUUCUAAAUGAGGCCAAUUGGCCAAAGCCAACAAUUUUCUUGUACAUCAAAUGGAGUUUUGUUUUACCGUAUAGCAUUUAAUGAGAUUUCAUCUGGUUCAGUUGUUGUGUAUUCAUGUUGGAUCUCGUUGACAAGAAGUGUACACGCAGAACAUACUA